UGGAGGACUGUGCUAGGCUAGCUAAGUACUUAUACUCAAGUUGUGCAAAGAAACAUAUUGAGAAAAGAGAUGGAAUGGAGUAACAGCAACCCCAUACCGUUCAUUCCGCGGGCUAGUCAGAGUUCUUUUGCCUUUCUCUAUAACUGUAACAAUGACCCGUAUCUAUACCCACCUGGAGGGGCAGAGCUGAAGCAUCAUCAAAUGAUGCAGCAGGCAUCUUUACCAAUGAUGGAGCUGAACCAACUUGAUUAUGAUAACAUCAAUCAGGACAAGAAGAAAAGACUGACAACUGAACAACUAGAAGCAUUAGAAAAUACCUUUCAAGAGGAGAUUAAACUAGAUCCUGAUAGAAAGAUGAAGCUUGCACAUGAACUUGGGCUGCAGCCCAGACAAAUUGCAGUUUGGUUCCAAAAUAGACGUGCUCGUUGGAAGGCUAAGCAGCUCGAGCGCUUAUAUGAUUCUCUUAAACAAGAGUUUGAUACCGUCUUUAGAGAGAAACAAAAGCUUCAAGAUGAGGUACUAGCAUUGAGAACCAUACUCAAAGAACAAGGAAUCAAGAGACAAGCAGCGGUAUCUACAACAGGGUACACGGAUAUGUCUUGCGAAGAGACUGUUGAAAGCACACCGGUCACCGCCAUUCACAGCUCUAAUGAUCACCAGUGUCAUCAGGCUAUUGCGACCGCAACCACUCUGCCGCCUGCUAUUGACUGCAACUACUUGCUUAACUAUGAUGGAGCUUCAAUAAACAACACUUCAUCUUACUCUAACUGGCCUGUUCUUCCUUCUUAUCCAUAA